UCCCCUCCUUCCCCGCCCUGUGCCGGGUGGAGCCAGCUGCCCGGGCACCCAGGCUUCACAGCCUGCCCUCUGUGCAGGGCCCGGAGUGGGGGCCCAAAGGGGUCCCAAGCAGGGCUGAUGAGGACGCUCCUGACCAUCCUGGUGGUGGGAUCCCUGGCCGCUCGAAUUGCUGAGGAUGCCUCUGAUCUUCUUCAACACGUGAAAUUCCAGUCCAACAACUUUGAAAACAUCCUGACGUGGGACGGCGGGACAGACAGCACCCCUGGCACCGUCUACAGCGUGGAAUAUAAGAAGUACGGGGAGAUCGCAUGGCUGGCAAAGGCAGGCUGCCAGAGGAUCACACGGAAAUCCUGCAACCUGACCAUGGAGACGGGCAACCACACUGAGUUCUACUAUGCCAGGGUCACGGCCAUCAGCCCUGGAGGCCGGUCGGCCACCAAGAUGACCGACCGGUUCAGCUCUCUGCCACACACUACCAUCAAACCACCUGACGUGACCUGUAUCCCCAAAGUGAGAUCCAUUCAGAUGAUUAUCCAUCCCACCCCCACGCCCAUCCGUGCAGGAGAUGGCCACCAGCAAACCCUGGAGGAGAUGUUCCAAGACCUGUUCUACCGUGUGGAGCUCCACGUCAACCACACCUACAAAAUGCACCUGGAAGGGCAGCAGAGAGAAUACGAGUUCUCCGGCCUGACCCCGGACACGGAGUUCCUUGGGACCACCAUGAUUUUGAUUCCAACCUGGUCCAAGGAGAGCGCCCCCUAUGUGUGUCGCGUGAAGACGCUGCCGGACCGGACGUGGGCCUACUCCUUCUCGGGGGCCAUCCUCUUCUCCAUGGGCUUCUUGGUGGCCAUGCUCUGCUACCUGAGCUACAGAUACGUCACCAAGCUGCCGGUGCCUCCCAACUCCCUGAACGUCCAGCGCGUCCUGACCUUCCAGCCGCUGCGGUUCAUCCAGGAGCACGUGCUGGUCCCGGUCUUUGAGCUCAACGGGCCCAGCGGCCUGUCCCAGCCCGUCCAGUACUCCCAGGUCGUGGUCUCGGGGCCCAGGGAGCCCCCAGGAGCCGCACAGCUGCACGGCCUCCCUGAGAUCUCUUACUUAGGGCAGCCAGACAUCUCCGUCCUCCAGCCCCCCAACGUGUCACCUCGCCAGACUGUCUCCCCACCGUCCUGCACCCUGAAGGCCACCCCUGAGGUCGGGCCCCCGGCCUACACACCUCAGGUGGCCUCUGAAGCUAAAGCCCCGUGCUACGCUCCGCAGGCCACCACCAAGGCCCAGCCGCUCCCCUACACCCCCCAGGCCACCCUGGACAGCUUGGCUGCUUCCUACGGGGUGUGCGUGAACAGCUCUGGAAAAGACUCCCCCUCGGGGACACUCUCGGGUCCCAAGCACCUCAGGCCGAAAGGGCAGCUCCAGAAAGAGGAGCCAGCUGGGAGCUGCCUUCCAGGUGACUUGUCUCUGCAGGGGAUGGCCUCCAUGUCCCUGGAGGAGUUCUGUGUGGACGGAGCACCCGGCCUGAACGGGGAGCCGGGGACACCGCAGUACCUGGGGGGCCAGCUCUCCCUCCUCUCCUCCGUCCAGAUCGAAGGCCACCCCGGGUCCCUGUCUUUGCACACUCCUGCCCUCUCCUGCUCCCCCUCAGACCAGGAGCCAAGUCCCUGGGGCCUGCUGGAGUCCCUUGUGUGUCCCAAGGAUGAGGGUCUGGUGUCCAAGGCUGAGGCCAAGAGCCCAGCCCCAGGGGCCUCAGAGCUCGAGCCGUCCACGGAGCUGGGCUCGCUGUUCAAGGAGCUGGCCCUGACUGUGCAGUGGGAGUCCUGAGGGGGCCAGCAGCCUGCGACUUCUCUCCCCCACCCCGUCACCUCCUGGGCUGUCAGCCCUCGCCCUGCCCCGCCGCACACUCUGCAGCCAGCCCAGGUGGGUGCCUGGAAAGAACCAGAGGAGGAGGCCAAGGGCCCCCACGGGAGCUGAUGAGCGAGGGGAGGACUCCAGCCAGAGCAUCUGAGGGUGCAGAGAGGCGUCUGUUCCCCUGUGAUGCCCGAGGAGGGACAAGGACCCGCGACCAUUGGCUGGGCGGAACCAGAAUAACUUAUACUUCUGCCAAGACCAGAGGCAGAGGCAGUCUAGCUCAGUGGCAGACUACAGGGAAGGGCGCGGCCUGGGGCUCCCUCCCGCACCUUUCCAGCCUAUUUCCUCUGCUGGAGGUUUUACCCCAGGGAACCCCCAGGUCCAACGGGGAGGAGCCACAGAAACCCUUCUUGCAGGCAGGAGUUUCACGCUCCAACCUGAGAACAGGGUUUGAAAGGAACUUGGAACCCUCUGGGCCCUGAAGAGGACACAAAGCAAAUGGCACUCACUUCACAACUCUGGAGACUUGGACUCAGCCCAUUUGGGCUCAAAGUCCAGCCUCGCCAAGUAGCAGCAGCGCGACUUCAAGCAGACGAUCCACGGCUCAGAACCUCAGUUUCCUCAUCUGUAAAAUGGGGAGAGCACCACCCACCUCGCGGGGUUGUGGUGAGGAGGACAUUAGUGUCCGUAGUAGUGCCUGGCAUGGAGGCUGUGACCACUUCCUGUUGUGAUUUUGUUAAAUAUCUGGUGGCCCCAGGAGUUGACUUCCUCAGUUCAAGUUGGCUUCAGAUCACCUGGAAUUGGAUCAAGGGUUCAGAGGAUCCAGAUUGCCUCAGAGUUGCUUCAGGACAGGCCAGAGGGCUGGACUUUCCAGAAUGGACCAUGGAGGGACUGCAGGGCCUUCUGGAAACAGCCCAGAGACAAAAGAUGCAGCGCUGUCUCCCUGCGGUCAGAGGGCCUCCCUGUGCCUGGCUCUCAACAGCGCCCCCCGGAGGCCACGCAGCGGGCACUGGGCCCUGGCCUCGUCCGGGCUCCCAGGAAGGGAAGGCUCUGUGCUCAGGGAACUGCCACCGCCUCACGUCCUUCUCACCUGAGACGCCCCUUACAAUGAGGAAUCCGAGGUCCAGAGAGGGGAAGGACCUCCGCCCAAGGACCCCCACUCAAGAUCCCACAAAGGGGGCCGGGACAGGGUCAGUGUCAAAACGAGGGCUUUUUGCCUCAUCAAGAGAAGGAACUUUCCAAACCUGUUUGGAUUCUUGGAAGAUGAAACUAGUGGGGCGUAAGGAGGGAAGGAUCCCUAAAGGGGUCCUGGAGGGACAAGCAACUCCCUGGUCACCCUCCCGCCCCAAACUUUAGAGAGACGGGCCUAAAGUCCUGUUGCCCUGGUUUGACCCUUCCCAAGGGUGCACAAUGUCUUUUCCCUUCACCCAGCUCCCCCUCCCUCCCUGGGACGUGGUGACGGACAGCGUGUUCUUAUCUGUGUGAAAUUAAUAUUUAACAUCACUUCAGA